AGGCAUCACUGAUGGGCACUGAAAGGCAGCACUGAUAGGCGGCACUGACUGGCACUAAUAGGUGGCACUGACUGGCACUGAUGGGUGACACUGAAAGGCAGCUCAGAUGGGCACUGAUGUGUGGCAUUGAUGUGCACUGGUAGGCACUGAUAUGUGGCAUUGAUGUGGCACUGAUGGACACUGACAGCUGGCACUGCUGGGGCUACACUGAUCAUCAGGGCACAUUGAUCAUCAGUGCCCUGAUGAUCACUGUCAGAGUGACAGCUCGAGAGGAGAGAAAUGCCGAUAACCGGCAUUUCCCUGUUUACAUG